CUCCAGUCCCAGUAGCUCUCUCUCUCUAGUCCCAGCAGGCUCUCUCAGUCCCAGCAGCUUGCUCUCCAGCCCCGUCACCACUCUUCCACCACCGGCCCGCACGUCUGCUGCCGUCGUGGUCGAGCCGCGCAAUGUCAUCGUCGCCGCCGUCGUCGUCGGCGAUGGGCUCCCAGCUUGAGGCUCUGCUGAGUCCCGUAGUCCUGCUGCGCGCCUUCUACCUCGCUGCGUCUCUUCUUAUCAUCGUCAUCCAGGCCACUCCUGCGCUGCGCCGCCGCUUUCUUGCCUAUGGCUCUCGUGCGACGGCACCGUCCGGUCAACCGUCAGCAGCGGCCACUCAGCCCUUCGUCAGCCAGGCCCUGGACUACGCUGCAGCCAUUCAGGUGCCGCACAACUGGUUCACCCACUUUUACCUCCUCUCAACCGUCUGCUCGCUUUUCUGGGCAUGGCGACUGCACAUCUGGUCGGCCCACGGCCGCCUGCAGCUUGUCUGGGCGCUGAUGCUCCUGCAGGGCGUUCGUCGUGCACUUGAGUCGAACGCCUAUACGUCGGCCAGCACGAGCAGAAUGUGGUUCGCCCACUGGCUGCUCGGCCUUUUGUUUUACCUGACCGUCAACGUUGCGAUAUGGAUUGAAGUCCCUGCCAAGAGUGCGAGUACCUGGUCGUCCACGACGCUAGUCCUCGCGGUGCUCACGGCGCAUGUGCUCCAGCACUCUUACCACGCCUAUUUGUACCACCUGCGCUCCGGAAACAAGGGCUACCAGCUUCCCGCGCAUCCAAUAUUUACAAACCUGCUGUGUCCGCACUACACCUGCGAGACUGCCAUCUACCUCUUUCUCUCCUUCUUGGGUGCUCCUGCUGGCAAGGCUGUGAGCUGGACACUAAUCUGCGCUACUGUAUUCGUCGCUGUCAACCUGGGAGUGACGGCGAUUGGCACGAAGAAUUGGUACAUGGAGAAGUUUGGCAAAGAUAAGGUAGGUCCGCGGAAGAGAAUGGUGCCUGGCAUCUGGUAGGACGUCACCAUGGCAAACGCGGUAUCUCGAUUCGAAUCUAGCAUAUUCAAAGCAAUUCGAUCUUUCCCUCAGCACCUUCCUUUUCGAGCGACUCAUAGAUCUAUCAUCCCAGCCGAUAUCAAACGGCUGUUGUUCUCCGUGCAAGUGCCGCCGUCAUUGUAGGCUAACAUGCAAGCCACUGCCCACGACUACAGGGCGCACUACCCAAACCGGCUAAUUGCCCAGCGCUCCCGUUGGUGGGGCAUUUCGCGGGGCAUCUUGCAGCGAAAGCAAAGGGCGGAAACAUAAAUGCGUGAGCUCCAUCC